GGGCUCAGGUGGUCGCUCGACGACUCCGAGGUCGGCGGCGCCGUCGUCUGGUGGGCGUGGGCGCGGAAGGCGUUCUACGAGGGGAUUGAGACGCUCAAGAAGAAGCGCGCCGAUCAUCCAGACAUGCCGCUCGACGCCGGCGAAGUCAUUCGGAAGCUCGCCGAUAAACAGAAGGCCGCGAAGGAGUUUGCUACGCGAGUGGAGGGCGCCAAGGAAGGCAUCGUCGAGGCCCUGGAGGUCGAGCGCGCGACCCUGGCGACUGACAUCAACGCCGUGAUGGGCGAUGGCCGCAAGCUGCUCCAGAGCCUCGAGAUCAUCGACGACCAGGUCCUCGAGGAGAAGAGGGCCUCGUACUUGCGCGACCGCCGCCAGGUCGUCAAG